AUGCCUGGGCCAGUCUCGGAGACCCCAAGUGUCGCGUUAUCCUUCGCGAACAAUUUCUGGGGUAAGGAUGACGCAGGAGUGGGGCCAAUGUUGGAGCGGGUUCACAAUGCGAAACUUACCUGCGAUGAAUUGAAAGCCUUCUAUAACACCCGCGCAGCCAUCGAAGAUGAAUAUGCAAGAAAGCUCCUCGCUCUAAGCCGGAAAGCCCUUGGUUCUGCGGAGUCUGGCUCACUGCGUGCGUCGCUCGAUACAGUACGUGGAGAGACAGAGGCAAUUGGCAAGACCCAUGCAGCCAUUGCUGCCCAGAUUAAGAGCGAAUUAGAAGAGCCUUUGGCGGCAUUUUCUGGUGGUAUGAAGGAGCGACGAAAGAUCGUGCAGAAUGGCAUUGAGAAGCUCCUUAAAACCAAAAUACAGCAGACGCAAGCUGUCAACAAGUCGCGGGAUCGCUACGAGCAAGACUGCCUCCGAAUCAAAGGCUACUUGGCACAAGGACAUAUGGUGAUGGGUCAGGAGGAACGCAAAAACAAAGCAAAGCUAGAGAAGGCGCAGAUACAACUGGCCACCAACAGCAGCGAAUAUGAAUCUGCCGUAAAAAUUCUUGAGGAGACAACUGGUCGGUGGAAUAAAGAAUGGAAAGCUGCCUGCGACAAAUUUCAAGACUUAGAAGAAGAGCGGUUGGAUUUUACGAAGAGCAGUCUGUGGAAUUAUGCAAACAUCGCUUCCACAGCAUGUGUUAGUGACGAUGCCUCCUGCGAAAGGAUCCGGGUAUCUCUCGAGAGCUGCGAGGUAGAAAAGGAUAUCAGCAACUUUAUAAUAGAAAGAGGAACAGGGCAGGAAAUCCCUGAUCCACCCAAAUAUAUUAACUUUUGUCGUGGGGAUCUUAACAACACUUCUUCAGAUACAUCCGAAGAAGAGGGCUAUUCAGUUGCACAGUUCCAACGGGCCAUUAACCCAGCUUACAGAAGCUCUUCGCCCGCACCGUCUACUUAUGAAUCCCAUCAUGACCCCCAAUCCGAACUCGCGAUGAGGAUGGGAGGACAUGCUGCUGAUCCGCCGACGCCAGCAAGCCGAGAAACUACCGUAACUCCGCAGAGGCUACAGCCAUCGCAGGUACAACAACAGCAGCCGCAACAACUACAACAUCCACCACCUCAACAACCACAACAAUCACAGCAACACCUUCAGCAGCAGCAGCAGACGCAGCUCCCGCCCCCUGACCUUCGACGUGGAGUAAAUAUUCCACCCAAUUAUCAACCAAGUCAACAUGGAGAUAUCCGAAAUGUGCCUCACAACGAAUACCCCACAGAUGGGAUGACGAUGUUCUGCAGAACGGGACCACCGUCCGAAAGAAGUAGUGGAACCAGUGGAAAUAGGCCAUCUAGCAGGGGCUCUCACAGUGACAUCUCCAAUCCAACUUCGUUCUCUAGCAUGGAGCCAUCUAGCGGGAGACAGUCUCCGAAAAAAACGGUUAACGACACUCCUCUUCCUGGAAGGGUUGCCGACAAACAAGUUCAAAAGAAAAAGAGCACAUUUUUCAGCAAUAGUCCAUUCCGGAGAAAAAGUAAGCACGAUAAAGAGAACCCAAAUGCAACAGUGGUUAACACCCCUACGAGCCGCAAUACUUGGACAGCGCCGCCAAAACGGACAAGUCCGGUUAAGUCUUAUGAAAAACCAACCAACGUCUCUGAUCUCCCCUCGGGUAGCCCUGAACCUGUUGACCCUAGAGCCAAUUUCCAAUUGAACGUCGGCAACAAUGUUUUUGACGUCGCCUCACCCGAUGUCGCACCUAAAGCAGGCGCAAAUGCAAACAAAGAUGGUGAUGACCUUGAUCCCAUUGCCCAGGCACUCGCAGAUCUCAAAGGGGUAGGGAAACAGGCAUCAGUCCGCGUCUCAGCCGACCGCUAUCAUGGAAUCACCACCCCAGUUCCUCCAAGUGUCGCUUCUAGCCAGAUGGGAGAUGGGAAUAUCGCCGCUGCCCAGCGCGGAACUCCCCCUCCCGCAUAUAACGAUCCAUCAAUGAAACGGCUUGGUGCUCCUCAGCCGGCGUUUACGUCAGCGCAGAUGCAGGAAACGACUCGUAAAUUCGUUGGACAAACGCAGGAAAUGUUCAACAACAACCAUACUCGCACAAGCCAGGUGGAAAACAGAGUCAACGCAGCAAUCCCCCGCCCAACCUCCACUGCUCCACGAAGAAGUUUGAGCCCCCAGCCCUCGUCCCGUGGAGACUCACGCCAGCAGUACGACAACAACAGGAACAACCCAAGUCCCUCUUCCUAUUACUCUCACUCGGGCAGCAUGUCCAGCAGAUAUCGCCAGUCUCCAUCAGCAACCCCAACGAAGGUGGCUACUAGUCAUUCUUACUCACCGCAACAGUAUUCUCAUCAUGGUUCCCCCAACGACCAAAUACAACGUGCAAUCUCACCUCAACCGCAAUUCAGACGCCAGGAUCGACCAUCCAGCGCGAGUGGAAUGGAGCUUCAGUUAUCAAGUAAUCAGAUUGAUCCACAAGGCGGAGGCUAUAUGAGUGAUUUUAGUAGUCAAGGCGGUCGGCGAAGCAACGCACGACCCAUGUCAACGUACUACGGCUCCGCACCGGAUGUUAGCCAAGGUGGCCGUGUGAGAAGCCGGAGUGUAGCAACUACAGACGGUAAUCGUCAUCUUAGUUUAGAUGGACGGCCCGUGUUACACUAUGCACGUGCAAUGUAUAGCUAUAGCGCCGCCAUCCCUGAGGAGCUCGGUUUUGCAAAAGGAGAUAUCCUGGCAGUCCUCAGACACCAAGAUGACGGAUGGUGGGAAGCAGAAGUAACCAGUCCUCAGCGAAGCCACCCCGGCCUAGUCCCGAGUAAUUACUUGCAGAACUGUUAA